AUGGCUGCAUACGGAGUCCCCAAAGGCCACGACUCCAUGUCGUCGGUGGUCGACGCGGCGUCAAGUCUCAUUAUUUGGGGCCUGGCCAUCUCGGUAGUCGGGCUAUUCGUUCAACACGUUCGACUCGUGUUUCGCCAUGACCUCAAGUCCCUUCCCGGGCCACCCGCGGCGCGAUGGACCGGUCUGUAUCGGCCGUGGAUGCUCAGGGACGGAGGCGCCCACGACUUCUACAGGAUGCUGCACAGAAAAUACGGCACGGUGGUCCGCACGGCCCCGAACGUGGUUUCAGUAUCGGACCCCAAGGCAAUUUGGACCUUGUACGCGAUUGGCACCAAGUUUUACAAAACCGGCUUCUACUCCGUGUUUGACAUGUGGUACAAGGACAAGACCAUGCCGAGCAUGUUCUCGGUCCGGGACCCAGCUCAACAUCAAGCGCUGCGCCGUCCCGUCGCCCAAAAGUUUUCCAUGUCGUCCAUCAAGGCCAUGGAGCCCUUUGCAGACGACUGCACCGACAUCUUCAUGCAGGCCAUGGAGGACCUGCAGGGCCAAGACAUAGACCUGGGUGUCUGGCUCCAGUGGUACGCAUUCGACGUCAUUGCGGCGAUUACGUUCCACAGGCGGCUUGGAUUCAUGGAGCAACGACGUGAUGUGCACAACAUGAUUGAAGUUAUCGGCAAGGCGCUCGAACUGGCGGCGCUUAUUGGACAGGUCCCGUCGAUACACCCGUGGCUGAUGGGAAACAAGUGGUUUGCCAAGUUCAUAGCCUGGCAACCGGUCGUCAAAGUACUUGAUCCCCUGAGGAUGGUUGUCAAGUUUACGGAGGAGUGCAUCGAGGAAUACGAUCAGAACCCGCCGGACAAGGAUCGACCGGACUUUCUCGGGUGGUUGAGGCAGACAAAUGCUAAAGGCGACGUGAUGCCUGACGUUGAGAUUGUGAAUCACCUGGCGAACAACUUGCUCGCUGGAAGCGACACCACUGCGAUAUCCCUCCGCGCAAUCUUCUACUACCUUGCGAUGAACCCCAAAUGCUACCAGAGAGCCCAGCAGGAGGUGGAUGACGCCGACCGAGACGGACUGCUGUCAGAACAUGUCACCUACGCAGAGUGUCUUCAGCUUCCCUACCUCCAGGCAGCGAUGAAGGAGGCGAUGCGCUGCAACCCCGGGGUCUCGUUUCCGCUGGAGCGAGCCGUGCCCGCCGGCGGCGUAGACAUUUGUGGACUGCACUUGGAGCCCGGCACCAUUGUUGGGAUCAACCCAGCGGUCAUCCAUCACGACAAAUCUGUGUUUGGGGACGAUGCGGCAGAGUUUAAUCCUGACAGGUGGCUGACUUCAGAAGAGGAGCGCAUUAAACACAUGGAUCGCCACCUCCUGACGUUCGGAUACGGGUCGCGAACGUGCAUCGGCAAGAACAUUUCCAUCAUGGAGAUGGGCAAACUCGUUCCACAAAUGUUGAGAAAGUUUGAUCUGCAGUGGGCGUCCCCUGAAAAGACAUGGAAGGUGGAAACAUUCUGGUUUGCUAGGCAGCAGGGUCUCAUCUACCGGCUCAGAAGGAGAUGA